UGGAGUUAUUUAAAAUGCUUAAUCCACUAUUUCAUCCUCUCAGGACGAACGGUCAUCACUUGAAAUAUCUUAAAUCCAGGGCUAUGACCAUCAAACACUUACAGUAUUAAAGUUCACAAAAAUGCACAAAGUCAAACAAAAAAAGUUACUCCAUAGACUCUGUUUGGUAAUCUGUGUCAUGUAAUCAAUAAACAUUGUCCUCAAAGAGAGUGUUGGGGUUUUUAUGAACUCAAUGACACUGGGAGUCUUUAUGACCCUAAAAACAAAUAUGCCCAAGAGGUGACGAAGAUGUAGCUUUUCUUUCUGCCAGGUCCCAAAGUGACCAUGUGACAGGAGAGUUGAGGGGGCUGCUGAGCCUGUUGACCACAUAGUAAUGUGUAAUCUUUUUAACUUGUCCCUUGUAAUAUUUUACAGAUUUACAAUGUCCAAAGGUGAUGCAGAGAUAAAUGGCCAGGUAGGGCUGAAGAGCCUAAAUUCAGCGACAGAAAACAACGUGGUGAACAGAGAUUCCUCUGCAGAGAACAGUUCCUGACAGUGCAGCUACACAGGAUGAAGUUUGAGAAUAUCCUGGAGGAAAUCGGUGGUUUUGGGCCUUUCCAAAUCCUCAUCAUCGUCCUGCUCUGCACCCCUCGAAUAGUUCUCCCCUGUCACUUUUUACUGAACAACUUCAUCGCUGCCGUGCCGCCUCACUGGUGUGAUGUCAGCACCCUGGAUGAUGGAGGACUCUUCAGAAGUUUAACCCAGCAACAGAGACUGACCGUCAGCGUUCCCCUACGAAAAGAUGGGGAACCAAAAUCCUGUGAGAUGUUUUCAUCACCUCAGUUUCAGAUCUUAUACAACGGCUCCAACAGCAGUGCUGAGCUUCCCACAAUUCAGUGUCAGAGUGGAUGGAUUUAUGACAACUCCACCUUCACCUCCACCCUGGCAACAGAGUGGGACCUUGUCUGUGAUAGAAAAAGCUUGACAAAAACCACAGGUACCAUCUUCUUCUUCGGAGUGAUGAUGGGAGCCAUAGCUUUUGGAUUCCUCUGCGAUAAGUAUGGGAGGAAAAACACUCUCCUGGCCUCAUACAUCAUGGUGAUCGUGUUCGGCUUCUCCAGUGCUUUUGCAAACUCCUACGUCCUGUUCGCAGUGCUGAGAUUUCUCACUGGAUUUGCACUGACAGGGAUCAGCAUCAAUUCAAUCGUUCUCAGCAUCGAGUGGGUAGACAUAGGUCAUAGGUCAUUUAUCGGUGUGAUCGGCAGCCUGGCCUGGUCUGUAGGUAACAUGCUGCUGGCAGGAUUCGCCUUGCUGGUGACGGACUGGCGGACGCUGAUCAUGACUGUUACAGCCCCUCUGGGUUUUGCAGUUUUGACCUGGUGGUGGAUCCCUGAAUCAGCUCGAUGGCUUCUGGCGAAUGGUAAAGUGGAGAGAGCUCAGUUUUACCUCGACAAAUGUGCAAAGUUCAACAAAAGACCAAAACUGUCAGCUAAAUUAAAACUGGAGACACUCUCCAACAUCGAGAUGCUGGAAAAACAGGAUAAAAACUACACUUACCUCGACCUGAUCAAGACCCCAAAGAUGAGACAGUUGACUCUCCUGACUGGGAUUGUGUGGUAUGGAGUUGCCUCCACGUAUUAUGGCAUCAGCCUGAACAUCACCGGGUUUGGUUUGAAUAUGUACCUCACACACUUCAUCUACGCAGCCAUCGAAGUUCCUGCCAAGUUGAUGGUUUACUGCUUCCUCAACAUCAUUGGACGCAGGAAAUGCCAAGCAGGCGCCUUGUUACUGACAGGAGUCUGCAUCGCCAUAAACAUCUUCAUCCCUAAAGGUCUGUGGCAUGUGCGUGCUGUCGUUGCUAUUCUUGGGAAAGGCCUAUCAGAAGCUUCCUUCACAACUAUCUUCCUCUACACAACAGAGCUUUACCCCACAGUCAUCAGACAAAACGGUUUGGGCUACACCAGCUUCAUGAGUCGUCUGGGAGUGUCGGUGGCUCCUCUCGUCCUGCUGCUGGAGGACGUGUGGACUCUUCUCCCUCAGAUCAUCAUCUGCUCUGUGGCCAUCGUGUCCGGCCUGGUGGCUCUGCUGCUCCCUGAGACGCAGAACGUGAGGCUGCCAGAGACCAUCGACGACAUUGAAAAACCAAGUAAAAACACCAUCUCCUCUCACUCCGUGGAGUCUUCAGGUGUUUUCCUAGAAACAAAGACCACAACAGACCCACAACAACAGUGACGGAACAAGUGGAGCAAGGACUUUGUUUGUGUGUUCAUACACAUCAAGCUGAACUGCCAUGACCUUACUGCCUUUUGACUUUGUCAGUGUCAACAGUGAAAGUGAGGCUGCCGUCUUCAUGUUUUUAAGGAAAACUCAGGUCAAAAUCUUUGUUUGUGUGGUUUGUACACAUCAAGAUAGAUAUCAAAUAUGGAAAAUGAUUUAUUUAUAAAGGUACAAACUG